AGCGACGAACAAGGUUUCACCGAACUUUGAUUUAUCGAGAAAUCCAUUUUUUUCUUUAAUUGCGAGGCCUUUUGUACAUUGUGUUUCGACUAUAUUUGAUCGAUACAUUUGUUGCUAUAACUACUGAACCAUGUAUGUGUGUGUGUGGGGUCGAAGUUUUUAUUUUCCACCCCACGAUUUGAUUCACCAGUCUCGUGUUCACAUUCCGGCCGACUGCCAGCUGAUUGAUUUAAGUUCAUCUCUAUCUGGCAGUUAACUUUAACUUUGAACUUUUAAUUUUUUAUUCAAUUUGAAAUAUGGACGCGGUCGAAAAGUCAUUGGAGAAUCUUAUGAAGGAUGACAUUCCUAGUAUAAAGACCAACGAAAUUUACGAAUACGUCGUCCAGAAGCGUCACGAGGUUGUGAUUGUUACGGUGAAGUUUACCACGCCCGAUUUGGCUAUAUUCACGCAAUCGUACGCCGCUCAGACGAGCAUCGAGGAUAUCAAAUCAGUUCUUCAGGAGGUUUUCAAAUUGUCCAGUGAGUUCAUCGAGAUAAGCAAGGAUGGAGAGGAUAUCAGAAAUGAGCUCACGCUUUACAACUUCGAUUUUGGAGAGCACAGAUGUUUGGAUUUUUAUUUGCGAUCAACGCAUCCGGAGAAGUACAUCUCGGCGAAGCAAGCUUACGAGGGUUUAGCUGUUCCGGACAUCAUCACUGUUACGGUGGAGUACGAUGAUGGUAGCACUAAAGAAGUAGUCGUUGAGAUCGAGAGUAAGACCAUCCUGAAACCGUACCUCGGCGGUUAUCUGAAUAAAGUCACCCAAAUCGAGUACCACCAUGGGUACUCGCAGACCGGCCCACCGCCUCCGAAAGUCGUGAAGACCCAUCGCGACACUCAGACGUAUUGGAUGAGGAACAGAUUGCUGGACACUCAUUAUUCAAGAGCCACGCAGAUGGCCAAAUCAGACAUUUACAUCCCGAGCAUUACCGAUCGAAUCCUAACGUCGGGACCUUACGAAACGGCAGAUGAACGUGAGGCCCGUUUGGAUAUCGAAGGAAAAGUGCGCAUCAUCCAGCGGUAUUUUCGCGCGUGGAAAUUGCGAAAGGCGCUGAAAAUCCUGUGCGAAGAAUACAGGAAGAGAAUACGACUGGAGUUAGAGGAUGAGGCUUUCCUAAUUCGCGAAGAUGAGGAACGAAAGAAACGCGAGCUCAUCGGAAAAGUCUAUCCGCGCACCAAAUCCGACUUCUACAUGCUGUACAAGAUGCUGGAGAAUUGGAAGAAGGCGGAAAUCGAGCGAAUCAAGACGAUAGCGUGCGGACCGUCUAAAUUAGCGGAAAUGUAUUUGUUGCUUGAGAAGGAAAUUGCGAUGCUGCUGUCCAUCGAGCGUCAGAAGGAAGUAGUGAAGCAGGAUUUGAAAAUAAAGAAGGAUAUCGAGUUCCUGAAGAUAAUAAGCGAACCGUUGGCUUGGAACAGCGACUACAAGAAUCUUUUCAUAGAAAUGGACACGCUGGAGACGCAAAAGGGUCGGGAAUAUUUCGAGCUGUACCAGAGAUUGUGCGAUCACACGUUGGAUCGUGACUCCAAGCUGGAAGUGUACUUCGAAGUGAAGAUGUCACUGGAAGGGCACGUCGGCUGCGAAAUCGGUUUGGAAAUACUCAGUCUGAUCGAAAGGGCUUGUAUUCUCAUAACACGCGGUAUCAGUGAUUGCCAUUUGGAGACUCUUCAAAUGCGAAUCGAGGCGUGCGUCCUAAAACACCUGAAGAUGACCGUAUGUUGCGAAGGUGUCGCCAUGAGGAACGCGAGAGUUAGAGAGAAAUUGAUGAAGGACAACAUGUUCUACUGCUCUCGCUGCAAAACGUUUAAAACGAGCGACGAAUUCGCGUUCGAUACUCGCACAAAUACGUUGUGCGUCUGCAACAGUUGCUCGUGGAGCGAUAAAAUCAUGGAGCCUUGGAUGGACAUCCAACCGUAUAGGUAUUUACUGAAGUGUAUCAGGCGUGAGGAGAGGAGACAAUCCUCGCACAGUUCCAUAGCCUUCAUCCUCACCGAAAAGGACUUGUACUACAUAGUGAAUCAGAUCUGGCAUUCGCAUUCCGCCAUCAGCGAAUGCAACGAUAUCUACAAACUGCGACUGUGCAGGUUCUUCCGCGACGAGGAUUGGGCUCCAUGGAAUUGCAUUCUUCUUACGUACGAGGAGACUAAAUGCCACCUGAAGGUGAAAUCUAUGGAGAAAGUCUACGAUCAGGAGUUUCUACAGCACGUCAACAAGAAGCACAUCAUCUCCAAAUCGUAUUUCGCGGGCGUCAAGAAUCUCAACAACUAUUUCGAAGAUAUCGGUCGGGUGGAUUCGCGAUGGGACGAAAUCAUCGAAAAGCGGGAAUUUGUUGCGGUCAAUAGCAAAAUGAAGAUAUUCUUGAGCUGUCAUUAAUAUACAAUCCAUUUAUAUCAAAUUAUAU